AAAAUAAAUUUAUUUCAACUUAGUUUUUGUUAGACUUUUAAGGAAUUGAGACGUUAACACUCCCUAAAUUAUUAAGUUAAGUCAGUUUUAUUUUAAUAUAUUUGAUGAUCAUGAAGUCAUUUCUAGUUGUGACAACAAUCUUAAUGUUGUUCUAUGGCUGCCAGGGCCAAUAUAAAAAUACCGGCAUUAAGACACGUUAUCCGGCGCCCAGUUCUGGAAAUUUAAUUUUGGGCAAUGCCACUGAACAUAAUGAGACCAAUCAUUAUGUUUAUAGUCAACAGCAUUUUGAAAACCCUCAACCACAGCACAAUACCUACGAUCGUUAUAAUGGCAAUUUUAGGCCGGCAGAAUAUUACCCAGGUGGAGCUGCAGUACCCACCAUGACUAGACAGCCGGUAGUUUUAGACGCCACAGCGGAGUUUAUUAACAAAACCAGAUCAGCCAUGGCUUCGGGUAUUUGCUAUACAGAAGUACCUUCUAGUUCAGUUCUAGUCAGUUCUAGAUCAUCCAUGGCUCCUGGCAUUGUACCCGUUGGUAAUGGCACCAAACCAGAAAUGAGUAAAAUUCAGGUUUGCUGCGAAGGCUACGAACGUAAUCCUCAUGUCUUCAAACGUUGCGAUCCCAUCUGUGACGAUGAUUGUCCCAAUGGCAUUUGUACCGCUCCCAAUACCUGUGUCUGCAUGCCUGGUCAUGUGCGUAACGAAGAUAAUAAGUGUAUUACCACCUGCCCCAUAGGCUGUGGUAAUGGCGUAUGUGGUGAUAAUAAUGAAUGCAGAUGUAAACCUGGUUAUACUCUAGAACCGGUGCAACAAAAGUACUGUGUACCUCUGUGUGAACCCGCUUGUCAAUUCGGUAAAUGUGUGGCUCCCAAUAAGUGUGCCUGCCAGAAUGGUUAUCGUCUCACGGCUAUCGGAGUAUGUGAACCACAUUGUGAGAAUUGUGAUAAUGGUAAAUGUACCUCACCGGGUUAUUGUAGCUGUAAUACUGGCUACAUUAAAGUCGGUGCUGUAUGUGAGCCAGUGUGUGCUCGGUAAGGACGUUGCAUCGCCCCAGAUACCUGCUCUUGUGAACAAGGUUAUGAAUAUCACACCGGCACUAAGUGUGUGCCCCACUGCGAUGUACCCUGUUUGAAUGGUGUGUGCGGAGGCAAUAAUCAAUGUGUCUGUAAUUCCGGUUAUGUACCCGAUGUACAGCCCAAUAUGUGUAAACCCCAUUGCCCUCUAGGUUGCCCUAAUGGUUUUUGUACCUCACCUAAUUUCUGCAUUUGCAAACCAGGUUUCAUCAAGACCGGUAUCAAGGGACGUCAAUCGUGCACUCCCGUUUAAAUUGAUUAAGUUGUGAUUUAUUGUUAAAUAAUAAUGGAAAUUAUUGUAUCAGCUUAACGAAAUAAAUAAAGUGCUGUGUUUUUAAAAUGUUUUAAUUUUAAA